AUGUCGGAGGCGCUGCCCGAUCCGACUACACACCUGGAACCUCCCACCAAGACCACCGAGAGGGAGGAUGCUGGAGCUGGGGACAGUGCAUCCGAUAGCGACGAGGACCACUUUUCAGAUGCCAGCGAAGGCCGUGCUCAUCGACAAACAAGCCCACGCUCUGUGCGCACUGCUUCCCCUGUCCCACGAACUCGUGUAGAGCGAGUGGACAACGACCCACAGCACGGCGAAGUGCCAGGUACCGUGGCAUAUCAGCAGCGGAAGCAAGAUGCAGUACCUGAUGAAAUCGCGCUUGUUCCAGAAGGCUCACGCAGUAGAGAUUCUUCGCCGGCGGGGUCGCAGGACCGAUCCUCCACACCUGGCGGCUCACCAAUUCCCCGGACACAAGUCGAAAAGAUAGACCCAGCCUCGCCUAGCCAUGGCGAGGUACCAGGAACAGAAGCAUUUGAGAAGCGCCAAGCAGAUGCUGUGCCUGAUAUAAUAACAAAAGCCUCCGACUCAGACAGUCCCCUGCCAUCACCAUCUGCGGAUCGAGCGUCCCCAGACAGCAAUUUGUCAAAUCAAUCCAUUCCUGAGACGCGUCUUUCGCGUGUGGACACAAUUCCCGCUGACGAAGAGCUACCAUCACGACCAUGUGCUCAUCAAAGAUCGCCAAGUGACGCAUUACCCGAUUCAGUGGAAUCUAUACGAGACAGCCCUUCCGUUAUCAGUGCCAGCGACACUUUACAACAACCUGCGCCACAAAACGAUACAUUUGAGGGUGGAGACCAAGCUGAGCAAGACGAUCAAGGCUUUGGAGAUGACUUUGACGAGUUUGUUGAGGAGCAAGAUGACAUGGGCGACGAUGAUUUCGGAGACUUCGACGACGGCUUCCAAGAGCCCGAGGUUACUGACCCCGAACCCAAAAGAAGCAUCACUCCUCAGCAACCUCCAUCUCCAGUCUCAGUGCCCUCUCUUAUAGACUUCGACAACUUCAAAUCCACCUCCGAACUCCUCAGCGCCCUCCAAGACACCCUCGACACUCUCCUCCCCUCCUCCACCGACCUCAACUCCCUCCCUCCCGUUGAAUCCAUUCCUGACUCCUCCGCCAUAUUCAGCACCGAGCGCUCCCUCUCUCUCUGGUCCCAACUCGUCGCCCCACCUCCCCUCCAACCCCAGAACUGGGUCAAGUCCCGCAUCCGCCGGCUCUUCCUCGUCUCACUCGGCGUCCCUGUCGACCUAGACGAAAUUCUCCCCGCCUCCAAACAGAACAAGCUCAUCCUCCCCUCCAUCGAUCUCGACGCCGCGGGUUCCAAAACCCCAACCCGCAAUCCACCUCCUAAAGGCGACGCCUCGCAUCCCGACUCUCUGCCGCCAGGCCAGGCCUCUGCUCGCUCGAAAACGGGUCGGCGGGGCACAGCUCCAGCGCCGGAACUCGACCUCUCGUCCGUGCGGCGCCUGUGCGCAACCACCGACGCUGCCCUGAGCGGUCUGACCGACGACGAGCUGAAACAGCACGUCACCGAGCUGGAGCAGGUCACGCUACGCGCAAGCGCGGUGCUGGAGUACUGGCUCAAGCGACGGGACGGGCUGGUCGGCGAGAAGGAGGCGUUCGAGGGCGUCAUCGAGAACCUGGUCAGCCAUGUGCGGCGGGUGCGCAAGUGA